GCGCGCCUCCUCAGUUCCGACGGAGUCGUCGCUCCGGAUGCACCACGCGCGCGAUCCCCAACGUCGUGGGCGUGUUUCGUAUCUGCGCCAAGUUUAGAGUUUGUUGUCGCCGCGAUGUGUGAGUCCAGCUUAGCGAGAAUCGCCCUGACGAAGGCGAGAGGACAGCGACUGUGAAGGGCUGGGAGCUUCCACGGGAAGACAGUUGCAGAGAGCUUGCGACCGGUUGCGUUUGGCUACGUGAGCGGAAACGCGCCUGCAAAGGAGCGUCGCCGCGAAAAUGUCAUCAGAUGGCGUUCCCUUUCUGCUCAUCACCGCCAACGUCGGCAGCAUCUUCGAGGAGCCGAGUGUCAUGCUGAAAAUAUGGACGGAAGAGUUCUUAUCGACCAUAUCGCGCCUCGAUCCGAAGUUCAUCGCCCUACAUUGCCAGGAGGUAGGAGGAAAAAAUUAUGCCGAGAGUAUGAGGCACGUCGAGGACUUCGUGAGGUACGUUGAGGCACUUUUUUCAAAGUAGAAAUUCUGAUGAACUGCAGUCAAAAUCGAGCGAAAAUAAAAUACUGUUCUUGUAUGGAUUUCGUGAUCAAAACAAGAAAAUUGUUUUUCAAAUCUGCUAUUAUCCUCGUACAACGUUACUUACAAAUUUUACGUCAAAACACAUUAAACAUUGACGUCAAUGCAAUUUAAUUUUACGAGUUUGUCGUGAAGAAUAGCCAUAAACGUCGUCAUUUCGAAAUCCAUAUCUACAACCAAUCUUCGUGUCAAAACCUCUCAAUCCUCCCAAAGCGGCCGUUACAGCUACAAAGAUACCUAUCUGUACUAACUAUCCCAAACGAGCCAAAGCUGCAGCUCACUUCGCGCAAAGUUAAAGAAUACUCGUGCAGUCGCGCGUCCUUUAAUUAACAAAUUUCCGCGACUGCGCCUUAUUUUCCUUGAACUAAUUCAAUUAGACACGCUCGGGCCGGGGCGUAGAAACAAAAGCAAAUAUAACUUUCUCUAUAUGUAUACGAUGAUAACAGCGCAUUGCGCUGUCGCAGCGAUUACGUGAAUACGCGCCUUCGGGGUGUCCAAAUUGAUUUAACAGCCGCCGUCACUGUCACACACCGUAGAUUAGGCCGUCGUGGUUGUCCGUCAAACUGACGUUUUCUUAUCGCUUAUCUUGUUGCUCAGAGAUUGCGUCUGCGUGCGUGUGUAGGUAAAUUUUCAAGGAUAUUUAAAUUUUUCAAACGUUUACGCGCUUAAUCACUUUUUUUCCCUUUCCACAGCAGAAAAAACGUAAUUUUCUCCGGGACCCACUCGUCGUUCAUUUUCGAGCUACGCAAAUACGCUCGGCGUAAUAAAGAGCUGCGCGUCGCCUGGAAUUUUUCCUCGCCGCGCGUAAUAAUGUAUACGGAGCAGCUCACUCGCAUUGUUCCACGCGCCCUUUGUAUAGCUCUCUCUCUCAGUAUUUCUGAAAAGGUUUUCCGUAUAUAACAGUGUGUUGGCUGUGGCAAAAAUGUACCGAACUUCAAAGUCCUUUGCGAUGUGUAGGAAAAACAAUUAAAAAAGAAGCUAAGAGGGAAAGAGUAACUCGAGAGUGGGUAUGUAUAGGGAUCCUGCUUGUUCCUUUUUUUUUGAAAAAUUUUUUAAUACUUUGAGUCCAAAGAGAUGCGCCUCUGCGAACUAAUUCGUUGUGUUGACCGUCGGAUUCAAGAAACAUCCUACUCGCGCGUCUGACUCGAGCUAUAUUUCCGACUUGCGGAAACUUGCAAUUAUCGUCCUUUGAGGAGCUUUAGAGCUGAGAAAGAAAUAUGCAACUACAGAAGCUAGCUUGUGUAUUUUUAAUCGUAAGCGUGAACUUUCAGAGUGAGAUUCAUGCCCGAUUGAUCCUAGCGGGCAAAUAUGUUCUUGGGCUGUAUCUCGAGAGAGCUCACUCGUGGCGAAUUGAUUUGUGGCCGAGUUUUUAUUUCAGCUCCGAAUAAACUGGCUCACCGCGGCGUGUAUCGACGUAUUACCGGCAAAUUAUUUAUUUAUUGAAAACCGAUCGGCUGAAAAAUGGGACUUUGCUCUUAUGACGCGGUAAUUAAUUAAUCGCCUUAAUUUCAACGUAUAUAAAAACACCGACGAGGAAUAUUUCAACGAUUCGACUCGAGGCUCCCCCAUUGUGAUCAUCCUAUACAUCCGAGAAUAGCUCACCUCACGCACAAAACGGCAUCUAAUUUUAUUCCGCGAGAAAUUCCAAGCGUAUAGCUCUCGAGACGAGUUCAUAAUCGAAACCGCGUAUCAAUUAUAAUCAAAAAAACGAAUCGAUUCAUCUCUCCCAACACGCAUCACACGCACACGCCGGUUUUAAUAAAGUACACACACAAACGCGGUGAGAAAAUAGUCGAGGGGCUCUCGCGAUUAAAAAUAGAUAUAUAACAUCGCACGCGUGCAGCGCAGUAUCAGCCGCCGUGUAUUACUUCGGCCUCGCGCAAAGAGCCGUUGUAUAUACCUAUAUAUAGGAUAAAAAGUAGGCGCGGGAAUAUACAUAAUCCGCUCGAGGUCGCGAAUAUAUGCAUCAAGGGUUGCAAGCGCGCGCGAGGAUUAACGAGGCGCGGCUGGAUAUGGACGUCGGCUUUUGUUCAUCGGGACGAGAGCUAUGAUGUACUUCCUUCGAGAGGUGCGGCUGCGAUGACAUUGAGGAUUAAGGGCGGAUCGUACUGCUGAUGUCCUCGGAGGAACUGCGGCUUUUCGACAAGGUCAGAGUCUUCCUGGACGAGGAUUUCUCCUCGGCGGAACAUUUCACGGCACUUGGGAAUUUGUAUUUCGCUCACGAAACUUUAAAGGAUGUGCUGCUCUGGGAUUUUAAAGAAGGAAAUUUCGUGCCGGUGAACGGUCGCGAGGUCCACUCGGGCAACAUCGAGGCCGUAACGACCAAAGAGAAGGCCAAAUUCCCCCAGGACUUCUUCCCCGAGUGCAAGUGGUCGAGGAAAGGAUUCCUCAGGACUAGGUGGAGCGUAGGCGGCACAGUAUUUGAUCUCAUUAACAUACACUUAUUCCACGAUGCCAGUAAUUUCGUUGCCAUGGAAACGUUCCCAUCGGUGUACAGUAAAACGCGCCGGAGAGCACUGGAGCACACUUUAGACAGGUUUCACAACGACCAUUACCCGAACGCGCCCUACUUCCUUUUCGGGGACUUUAACUUCAGGACGGACACGGCCGGUGUCAUUAAGAAACUAACGGCGGACACGACCGAGAGCAAGCAGUCGAACAAGGGAAGCCUCUCGAAGCUUCAGUUCCGGAACGAGAGCGACGAUCUCAUUCUGACCCUCGGCAAGAAGGAGUUUUCUCACCACGAGCACCAGCAGGUCUUCGUCGAGAACAGCGGCCAGUGGCUGCGGGAGUACGACAAGGAGAUGGGUGACUUCGAGGGUCGACUGUUCGAGUUCCCGAUCGGGUUCGUGCCGAGCUAUCCCUUCGAGGAGGACGUCAAGGAGGGAACGAACUACAUGCAGACUCGAGUGCCCGCAUGGUGCGAUCGGGUCUUGCUGAGUCCCACCGCAAAGUCGCUAGUCGAAGACAUAUCAUCGCCCGAAGCCAUAGAGUACGGUAUCAUCGGACCGACUACCUGCAUGGGUGAUCACAAGCCGGUCUACCUGAGGCUUAAUCUCGCCCGUGACGCAGCAAUAGCAACGACAUCGUCUUCGGCAAUGAUCGACCCGUGGGAGUCAGUGGAGGCACACGAGGAGAGCCAAAGGAUGUUGGAAUUCGCGGAGCAGCUGUCCAAGACGGAGAUCUGCGAGGACGGCGUCGAGGCCGAGAACGGCAGCAUCACCCGCUACAUCCACAUCAAACACGCCGACUCCACCGUCAAGAUCUUCCGCGAGACGACUGUCUGAAGAAUUGUACGUCUCACAUUCACACACAAACACAAUUGUUCUUAUACACAGUUCGUUCGUAUAUGUAUAUGUACUUAAAAAAAGUAGGUAUGUAAUUGUGAUGAUCGUCGUUUAGAGAUGAGAGAUGAUGACGCUGAUGAUGAAAGAGGGAGUUUCGUCAACAUUCCGCGGUAUACUUAUAUUGUGUGUGACGGUCGCACUGGUCUUGCCAUUUUCCCGUGUGGUGAGUUAAUUCUCGAUUUCUCUGAUGACAUACAUUGUUUCGCUCUUUCAUCGGCAAGCGUUGAUAAAGUCGCGAAUCGCCGAUAAGAUUGAGACAUUGAAGCGAUGGCUUUAUGUUUUGUUUUUCAAGGUCUUAUAAGUUGCCUCGAUGUAUCACAUCGUCGUGAUUUAGCGACGUUUACUAGAAAAUUUUACGAUGAAUGAAGAGCUGACGAUUGUUAAAGUUCUUCGACGUGCUUCAAUUGUCUUCUCUUAUCUUUUGAAGCGGUCGCGAGAUAACUUGAAAUUUUGUUGAGUUGUAGUUACGUGGAAAAGGUAAGUGCAAUCCAGUCGAACAAUAGCUAGAAGUACCUAUAGAUAAGUACUGAAUGUUAUUCAACGUCCGUACGUGAAUUAGUGAAAGAGUUUUUAGUUGGACUGCGUUGAUGAGAACGUCUUGAAAUAUUCCAUUUAACUGUAAAUGUUGAAAUGAGUUUUAGAAUUUAACUCGGGUGCGCAGUUUGUUCCGCGAUAGUUAAUAUUGAAGAAAAAUCAAUUGACGAGCUUUUAUUCCUUUUUAUCUAUUGUUUCACAACUGCGAGAUGGUUAUUAGGGUAUUUUUUUACAAAGUGACACUGCCUCGAAAAGCUCAACGUACAUACAUACAUACUUCGCUCUUAUUGCGUAAAAAAAUCCGUUCAAAUAAAGCUUUGGUAUAAUUGAAGUAAUGUACACUUUUUGACGAACAAACUGUACAUAUACAAGUCUCACUUGAAACAUACCCUUUAUGUUUUUAUUAUUAUAAUGAGAUGAACUAUAUUCAUUUUUCUAUAUUUUAUUUGGCGGGACUUUAAAAGAGUUGCGCGUUGCCGAGAAACACAAAACGCAAUAAAUUAAACGUUUAAUCCAAUUAAACUUUGGCUGUUGAAAAAAUUGCUGUAUACUUGUGCCUCAAAUUAUUCUAAACUACAUUUUUCAUCAAGUUUACUACGAAUCACGAUUAAAUUCAUUACGCCAUCAUUGUCUCAGUUUUUACUGUUGGAGUUUUUUAAAUGGUCAUUGUUAAGAUUAUACAGCGUUAGUCCAGAGAAAUAUCAUAUUAAAUAACAGCCUAUAAAGUACAAACAAAGCAUUGUUAUUAUUUCUAUAAAUUUACACGCUAAGUCUAUACUGUCCAGUUAAUACAUGUUUUCAAUUGAAAGAACGAACUUUUGCAAUAAGCAAACGUUUCUUUUGAGUGAAAAAUGCCAAUUUUUGCAGGGUGAUAUUUUAAUAUGAUAUUUUUAUGGAUAAAAUAUGCGAAUUCAACUCUGCUUAUUACAUAUAGUUGAAAACGUCGAAUGAAACAAAGAUUUCAAAGUGUCUCGUUCUGGCACUUAAUCAAUUUCAUUUUAAACAACUCGUUUCAAAUUCCCCGUCCAAAAACAAAAUACUGAUGUUUUAAAUUUAUUCAACUAAAGAUCUAAGAAAUCAAUAUAGAAUCAUAUAGAUAUAAAUGUAUCAAAUAUACCUGAAGAAUAGAAUAUUCGUACCUACGCAUUAAUACAUGUAUACAUCUUAUAUAAAAAUGACCGCAACUGUACGAUUAUCAAAUUUAAAUUAACCGCAGUUGAAAAAAUCAAUGAGGAUGUUCAUGUAGCAUAGAGACAUGAUUUUCGUAGCGCUAAAAAGUGUUGAAAUUGUGUGUAGCGCAAAACACGUAGUCUUCAUUCACAAUAAAUGAAAAUAUACACUCGCUAAAAUAAUUAAAUCUUAUGAAAUACAUAUUUGAAAGAUUAUGGAAAGUGUUACUGUGUUGAUUAGUAAUUUACAUAAAUGUUUUAUGACGAAUCUCUAUACAACACAAUUUUAUUUGAUCUCGACUAAAUUAAAUAUGGUAUUCUUUCAAAUCGUAAUUUCUAGUUAUAUCUUAAGUAACUCAAAGAUAAACAUUGCUAAAUUAAUUAAAUUAUUCUUAAGUAUACAAACGCAAAGACACAUCCAAAAAGAUAUUGUUUGGGUGUAUAAAAUUGAUCACUGAAACAAUUUAAGCUUAUUAUUUAAUGAAGCUUUUAAUAUAAACGUAUAUUAUUAAUUUAUUUAUUCUAGUUUUGAAACGAUCUAAUUAUAGAGUGCACGAUUAAAGUUGAAAAACAAACUUGCCAGCAAAGGUGAACAAUCUCUUCCGUAAAGACACAUAAUGGAAAGAAUUAUGAGAAAAGAGUCUUGAAUAUUAUUUUUAUUAACUUUAAUAGUUUUAGUACAAAAGUAAACCUCGAUACAAUUACAAUAAGCAAAAGAUUUGUUUGAUUAUUUUCUAGUAAUAAUUUUCUUUUUGUAUAUUUUGUAGAUUAAACAGCUAUUGGUAAUUAUUGGUAAUAGAUUGUAAAACAACUGUUCUUUCCAUACACUAAGAAUUGAAUUCUUUGAAAACCGUCUUUUUACUGUCAGUUGAAGUGACUGUAAAAGUAAAUUUAUAUAUUUUAUAAAACAAAAAAAAUGAUAAUACUCUGCGGUUAAUCACAGAAUGAAAUCUUCCGUUAUGAAUAUAAAGAUAUAUAAAGCGUAAGUAAAAAUUCACGAAAAACACAUCUCUGAUUUUUUACAGGUGUGUAAUCGGUAUCAAAAUGACAAUAUACCAAUCAACAUGCAUACGAUUAUACUUCAUUUUAACUUAUAAAAUAUUUUUAGCGUGUUCAUGUGGUAUUUUGUUGAUAAAGUCAUUCCUUGUCAUAAUAUUAUUACAAAGUAUAAGUGCACUUUACAGAUACGUUUAACAAAAGUUUACAAUAGUCUAUAGUUCUAUAGCUAUUGUUGUCUAAAUUUCAUCGAAUUUCUAUUUACAAUACGUAUGUACGCAGUCGGUCGUGAAAAAAGAAUGUAGAAUAAUUACCUGUUUUAUAGUGAAUUGAACCUUAUAAUUUAAUUAUUUAUUUAUUUAUGAAAAUAUCAAACACGUUAGCAAAUUCUGUAGUUAAUUUAAAAAUAAAAGAAAAUAAUGAAAUAAAUACGCAAUAUUAUAGGCGCGAAUAUGUCCCAUAUUGUUGUCUUACAUAUAUAAAAAUGCGUGUUAGAAAAAUAUAUUAAAUAUUAACAAAGAAAGAGAUUAUAUAUGUAUCAAUAAAAUAAAUAAUGAAAAUCUGAAUAACGAGCGAUCUGUUAAACGUGCUGUUAUGUAGCUACACGCAUCGUUGGAUGCUCUUUCUUACAAAAUCGCAGUCGAGCAUCCCCACAGUCUAUCAAUAAAAUACAAGUAUGUAUAACGAGCUAAAAUGGUUGAUAUAAAAAUGUUGUUUGAGAACAAUUUCUCUGUUUAUAGAUUUCGAUGUUAUUAUACAUGUACUUUUGUAUGCGUUUUAACGUACUUAAAGACGACGUAUUUUGUAAUUCAAGUACCUUUGAAACAACAUUGAGUUGUAAAAUCGUCGAUAACCGAAGAAAUUCCUCGAAUUUUAAAAGGAUGCAAAAAUUGUGAUGUAUACUUAUUAUAUACAUGUACUAGUCGAUAGGAUGAUAGAUAUGAAAUAAAUUUAUUACCCCGCACCA